AGAGAAAAGCGCUUCCCGAGCGCUUAGUCCUGUCAGUGUACAGACAUGAACCGAGCUCAGCGAGCAAUAAUCAAAUCAAUGAUUUUUAUUCUUAGUGAUUAACACUUAGUUUUUUAUUUUUCGUUUUCCGCUCAAAGGUGCUACACUUUUCCGUCCUAACCGCCCUGUCUCUGUUCAAAAAUCGUUCAAUCGUUUGCGCUGGAUCUGUCGUGCCAGAAGAUGUGCGUGGAGAGCGAUGGAUGUGAAAUCGAGAGGUGCAGCAGUUCGGAUGAGGUGCACACGCUGUCUGGAAGCAUGAGUCCGGCUCUUAAAUCCAGUCCAGACCUGCAUCCCUGCAGACCUGGGCAAAAAUUCCGUGCCGCAUUACUCCGAUGCCGGACACCGCUCGUUGCCGCCGGGAUUCUGAGUUUUGGAAAUGUGCUCAAUUACAUGGACAGAUACACCGUAGCAGGCGUCCUCCUUGACAUACAGAAACACUUCGACGUUGGUGACAGCGGAGCAGGCUUGUUGCAAACAGUCUUCAUCUGCAGUUUCAUGGUGGCCGCACCCAUUUUCGGUUACCUGGGGGACCGUUUCAACAGAAAGAUCAUUCUGAGCUGUGGAAUUUUCUUCUGGUCCUUUGUGACGCUGCUAAGCUCCUUUAUUACCAAAGAAUAUUAUUGGUUGUUAGUGCUGUCCAGAUGUUUGGUGGGUAUUGGCGAAUCAAGCUACUCAUCCAUCUCUCCAACCAUCAUUGGAGACCUCUUCACAAACAACAAAAGGACCAUGAUGCUCUCUGUCUUUUACCUGGCCAUCCCACUAGGAAGCGGUCUGGGCUACAUUCUGGGAUCCAUUGCUAAAGACGCUGGAGGGCAUUGGUACUGGGCGCUGAGGGUUUCUCCAAUGUUGGGGUUGACUGCUGGGUUCCUCAUCCUCAUCUUUGUCCCUGAGCCGAAGAGAGGGAUUGCCGACCAACUUGCUGGACGUUUACAUGCACGCACUUCCUGGCUCUGUGACAUGAAAGCUCUUGCCAAAAACCGUAGUUAUGUAUUUUCAUCUCUGGCAUCGGCCGCAGUGUCAUUUGCCACGGGGGCGUUUGGGAUCUGGAUCCCGCAGUACCUAGUUAGAGCUCAGGUGGUGCAGAAAACAGCAGUGAGCUGCACCUAUCAACCCUGCAGCAGCAAAGACAGUUUGAUAUUUGGAGCCAUCACCUGCGUGACAGGGCUGUUGGGAGUCGUGAUCGGCGCUGUAACUACACGGCUCUGCCGUCAGAAGACAGAGCGUGCCGACCCGCUGGUGUGUGCGGUCAGCAUGCUGGGCUCUGCUAUCUUCAUCUGCCUCAUUUUUGUUGUGGCCAAGAAGAGCAUUGUGGGAGCAUAUAUCUGCAUUUUCAUCGGAGAGACGCUGCUCUUUUUGAACUGGGCCAUUACAGCGGACAUUUUAAUGUAUGUUGUCAUACCAACCAGAAGAGCCACAGCUGUUGCCUUCCAGGGCUUCACCUCACAUUUACUAGGGGAUGCUGGGAGCCCAUACCUCAUAGGCCUGAUAUCAGACUCACUGCAGGAGAGCUACGCUACGUCAGCGUUAUGGCAGUUCCUGAGUUUGGGAUAUGCCCUCAUGCUCUGCCCCUUUGUCAUCGUCCUGGGGGGGAUGUUCUUCCUCGCCACCGCCCUUUUCUUCCUCGAUGAUCGUGACAAAGCGGAGAAACAUGUUAACCAGCUUUCCCGACAGCCGUCCACAGUUAAGGUUACCAAAUGAGAAGAGGCUGCUGCAAUGAAGAAAAAGUGGAAUGAUGGACAGGUGGAGGGAAAAAAAACAGAAGGAAUAAAACUUGCAGCUAACUCGCUAUACGCACACUCAACAUACUCUCAGAUCACCGCUAUCAUCGUCAUCUCUGCUUUUUCGUACCAUUCUGUGAAGGCCGUUCUGAAUUCGAGUCGCACCUUGCUUGCCCCAGGAAACCUUCAGCUGGCAAGAGGUCAGCCAAUCAGCAGCUGGUGUGCAGCUAUUAAUGAUGUAUAUAAAGAGCCACGUGGGCUCCUGUGGGUGUUUAGAAGAGGGUGCGCUAGCGCACUCAGUGCCAUACUACUGAACACAGCACGGACACACGCUCCCGUCCUGUCACGCUGCCUGUCGAUCUGCACCAAGUGCCAUAACAUCACAUUCCUAAUGGAGACCAGUACAAGUGAUGCUCACAGCCAACAGAGGCUCACCAACACACCAAACCCGCCCCCCAAAAAUCUGUAAAUACAGAACUGAAGGAAUCACUCACGUCACAUCAACUACCCAACGAAAGCUACUCGGUGAGUCCUGCCUUAAGAAAUCUGGCAGAGACACAGGUCUGGUCUCCGGUCACUUUUCUUUUAUAAAGAUUCUUUUCUUUGUUUAUUAUUAAAUGUAUUUUCCGUUCUUUUUCUUAGCACUUACCAUUUUAAUGCAGUGCCAGUGACAUCAUGCAGCCACACAUGACACCUUUGAAAUCGAUUAUUAUCUUUUCUCUUCUUGCUCUGACUGUGUGUUUUUACAACUGAAACUGGAGGGACUUCAUAAACUAUAGCUGAAAGGGACACUGGAUUGUAAAUAUUAUCUUUUCAUAAUGAAGAAACAACAUGUAAAUGCUUUCAUACUGAACUUUACUGAACAGUCUGCCAGGAUAAAUCGCAUAGUAUGCCCAAGAGGGGAGCAGAAAUACUGACAAAAUGUUGAAAAAGUGAACAAAGCCAAGGUUAUCGUCACUUAUCUAGUGUUUUUCAGUGAGGAAUUCCGUCCGCAGUGCCGGGUUACCUGCCCAGACAGGCAAACCUUCAUUUUAACUGCGGAUAAGAUUCACUAGCUCAGUCUUUAAGAAUGAAAGUCUUUGUAUGUUGGCUUACCUUGAUCAUUUGGUUUUACAUAUCCCUUUACUGGAAGAGAAGAGAGAGAAAGGAUGAUAGUGUAUCGCAGCCAAGUUAAUUGCCUACAUUGCAAUCCAUCCAUUUUUAAAAAGGGAGAAAUUUAACUCCGAGGUUAAGCUAACUCUGGAUUGCUUUUUUUUUUUUUUUUUUUUUUUGUGGAUUCUGUGAAUUUUGUGGAAAUUUCUUUAAGUAGAAAUCAGAUGUUUGAAUAUGUUGCAUACACUAAGAAAAGCACUUUGCUUUUCACUGAGUAGUCUUGGAUAUGAAGAAAUACAAUUGGAGGGUAAAACUGCAGAUAAUAUUAGUUUUCGCUGUUAUUGGCCUGUGUGGUUUUGCUUCAGAAUAUAGUUUGUAAUAUAUGCAAUUUAAAAGAAGAUUUCAUCAUUAACAAAAAUGAAAGCUUUGACAGUGGCAAUAAUUUGUAUAUUCUCCUAUUUAGCAAGAUUUUCUCAGUGCACACACACAUACAUACACACCACUGUCACUUUUCUGGAACCUGGUGUUACCAUAUCUGUCUGUGUCUGAAGCCGUUCAAGUGUAAAUCUGUUCUCAAAGAGAAGCUGAUGCUUUCCAAUCUUAAAAAAAGCACCUUGCCUAUAGAUUGAAGGGGGGAAAAAAAGCUAAUCUGUGUUUUGAAGGUCUGACUUAACAUGUCAUGUGAAAUUACCGUCCCUGUUUGCCAGUCAUAUCCUCUUAGCUUUCAUCAUGGAAGGUGAAAAGCCUUUGAAUGUGAUUCUGUCCAAUCCAAUGUGUUUACACAUGCAAAUUUAUCUUAAUGAAGCUUUUUAUAUUAUUGUUAAUAUUCUUUUACAGAUGUCUUUUUCUUUCUUUUUACAAAUAUGAGUUUUAUAUAUAUAUAAACACUAUAAAGAGAAACUAUUAUGCAGCCAUUUUAAUAUAUUGUAAACUGCUUUAAUGCAAUGUAUUUAUUAUUAUGUUUUUGUUUUGUUUAUUUGCUACCCUUGCUGAUAAGAUGGUAAAAGGGAAAAAUAAUGUCAUAGAUAUGAUGUACAGUUUCGUUUUUGUUUAUUUUUCUUUGAAAAUGCCUCCUUAUCACCAUUUGAAGAAUUUCUCAGUUGUUCAUCUCAGAGAACUGUGUUUUCACAGGAGCCAAUUAUUUUACCGGUUCACACAAACACACAGCAUGAUUUAUACUAUACAAAACUACAUGUAUUGUGUACCAACAUGUUUGUUAGACCAAUGAACUGAUAAUUGAUUUAUUUUGCACAAGCAACUGGGUGUGUGAAUAAUGUGUUGAUCAGGGGGUUUCUCUUACUGUCUAAUCCAAUAGUUCUACACUGGCAUUUUGUAAGUGCUAGCUUUGAGGGAUUAUUACCCAUUCACUGCCUGGCUACUAUCUUUUCAAAGUUAUUUUACAUGCUGAUUAUAUGACUAUUGUUUAUUUGUUUGUUGAAAGGCAAUGCUCACGGUGAUCUAGAUCAGAUGAACGACUGGCUUAAUGUUUGUAAGGCCAAGUUCAUUUUAUCAACAAAACCCGAUGCUAAUGAACAGUUUUAUGAGAUCAUUUUAAUUGCUGAAUCGUGAGAAUUGAGUAUUUCAGAUUGCACAUUUUCUUGUCAUACAAGAAUUCUGUAAAAAUUAACCUAUUUCUGAUGUCAAGCAGAAAUGAAAAGGUGAUUUUAUUUUUUAGAGCAAGUGUGAUUAUAAAGAAGAAAAGUAUCUAGGACGUUUACUGUGAUGCUCCCACAGGGAUAUACAACCUAUAUGUAACUGAUCAAAAUAAACUUAUUUAAUCAAAACAGA